UUCUCAUCAGACCGUCGCUGCUGAUGUCGUUUGUUUACCUCUGUACCGGAAGCGCUGCUGUGACGUCACGGGCAAGCUCAGCUGGGCGAUCAGUAAACAAGCAUACUGAAACACCUUCAUCACAGUCAUCGCCAUUAUCACAGAGAGACUGUUGUCAUCCGGCUGCAACUCGGCCGAUCAUUCCCGCAGCGGUGUGGGACGUCACACUAAAAUGUGAGCAGGCUCACUUUCUGUUUGCAUUUUUAUAUCAAGAUGGCUGAUGACUUGGUCCCGUGCGCGGCUGGAGAGGCCGGAGGAGCCGUUCACUCCGCCCAGCCCUGUGCCAAGCAGAAAUACCGCAGUAAUGCCCAUUCACAGGGACUGCUCGACGGGCUCCUGAUGCUGCGACAAGGAGGGGUUCUGUUUGAUGUGGUGCUCUUGGUUGAAGGAAAGGCUAUUCAGGCUCACCGCAUUCUCCUGGCGGCCUCGUGUGACUAUUUCAGGGGCAUGUUUGCCGGCGGUUUGCGGGAGAUGCAGCAAACUGAGAUCCCCGUCCAAGGAGUCACAUACACGGCGAUGACCAAACUGCUGGACUUCAUCUACACCUCCGAGCUGGAGCUGGACCUGGACACGGUACAGGAAGUGCUGUGCGCGGCCACUCUGCUGCAGGUCCAAGAUGUGAUCGGCUUCUGCUGCGACUUCCUGUUCUCCUGGCUGGAUGAUGACAACAUCCUGGAGGUGGAAAAGCUAGCCGACAUCUACGGGCUCGACCAGCUCGGGGAAAAAAUUCGCUCGUAUCUGCUCAAGAACAUCCAGACCUUCUCGCGUACGCCAGUGUAUCGAAAGCUUCCUCCGGAAAAGAUCCUGAGUGUGCUUUCCAGCGACGAUCUGGAGGUGAACUCUGAGAACGAGGUGUAUGAAGCAGCCCUGCACUACCAUUACACUCCUGAACAGGUGGAGAAGCAUGGGGUUUGCUUACAGGAUUCGUUGCAGAUGUUGGAAGCAGUGCGGUUCUGUCUGAUGGAGAAGCACGUGUUGCAGCGCUUACACAGCCGGUUAGAGCAGUGUCCUCUGCGGGACUCAGUGGCCGCUGCUCUGCGUUACCACAGUCAGGAGCUGUGGCAGCCGGUGAUGCAAACCCCACUCACUCAGCCUCGCUGCAGCUCCCAGUGCAUCGUGGGAUUCGGUGGCAUGUAUUCAUCUAGCGCACUGGUGGAUAAUGAAGAGCGCUUCCAGGUGUUCCACCCCUCCUGGGGCGAGUGGCGUAGUCUGGCUGCAGAUCGUGCUCCUCGCAUGUCCAACAUGGGCAUCGCGGUGCUCAAUAACUUUGUGUACCUAAUUGGUGGAGACAAGAACACCAGCGGCUUCCGUGCUGAAGCUCGAUGCUGGCGGUACGAUCCCCGCCACAACACCUGGUGUACUAUCGAGCCUCUACGACAACAGCACGCGGAUCAUUGCGUCUGUGUGUUUGAUAAAUAUAUCUACGCCAUCGGAGGACGAGACUACACCAAUGAACUGGACUGUGUGGAGCGCUACAACCCACAAACCAACACCUGGGAAUAUGUGGCGCCGCUGAAACGAGAGGUAUAUGCCCACGCCGCCGCAGUGAUUGAUGGGAAGAUCUACAUAGCAUGUGGUCGGCGGGGAAUGGCUUAUCUGAAGGAGAGCUACUGUUACGAUCCCAGCGGCAAUCACUGGAGCUUGUGUGCCGAGGGCCCGGUGGAGCGCGCCUGGCACAGCAUGGCAGCACUUAACGGCCGCGCUUAUGUCAUUGGAGGCAGCAACGAUGGUUGCGGUUACCGGCGAGACGUCCUCAAGGUGGCGUGCUAUAACCCAAUAGCAGAUGUGUGGUCUGUGGUGAGUCCGUUGCCUGCUGGACAUGGGGAGCCAGGCAUGGCCGUCCUGGAUGGAUGCAUCUACAUCCUGGGUGGAAGAUCGCAUGAUAAGGGCAGUCGAAUGAAGUAUGUUCACAUUUAUAACGUGGAGGAGGACCGUUGGGAGAGCGGGACAGCCCUCGAGGACCGUGUAUCUGGGCUUUCAGCAUGUGUCCUGCUUUUGCCACGAGCAGCCAUGGCUCAGGCACGCAGCUGGGAGCAAAGGGAUAAAGCAUCAUGGGAAGAGGUCGACUGGGAUGACUCGGACAACUCAAGCGAGGACUGAAGGUGUUAGCGCUGCUCAGGUGGGGCGUACAACUGUACUUUAUUAAAUUGGGGACUUGUAUGAAAUUCCAUAAUUCUUUACUAGAUUGAGUUCUGGUGGCAAUUUCAAUUUUUGUGAACAGUAUGUGUAACCAAUCGAAGCCUUUGUUGUGCCUGUCUGUAAGUAACUAAGGGUAAGUUGGAAGUGUUCUGGUUUAGAUUAUUUCCAAAUCGCACUCCUUUAUGUUUGUGGGUUAAUUUUACUGCCUCUUUUAGGUUGUUGUGCCAUUUUAGUCAUGCUGAUGAUUUUCUUAUUGUUUUACGUCCAAAACUUCACUCAGAACUACGAGAAGCUGUUGGAGAUGCUAACACUGUACAUAGGGCUGGGCGACGAAACGAUUGAGUGAAGAACACAAAGAACUCUGUGAUUUAAACUAAUUUAAAGCCAGAUGAAAGAGCGCUGACAAACAGCAGAAACACUGUGAGCAA